AGAGCAAAAGCAGAGAUCUACCAGCAAGCAACAUGUUCUCUUUGUUUUUCUGCAGUUGUUUCAUCGCCUUCCUGUCCAUCGGCUCCAGCAGCCAGGGUCAGGUUGACUACACCCCGUAUUCCACCCUGAUGGCCCUUCUCACCGGAAAUGCUGACCCGUCACCUGUCGAAAGCCCGUACAUGAGAAGACUUUCAUCGCCAGCACGACUUUACUAUGCCAAACCUACUGCUGAUUACUCCUCGUAUUACCCAGUGUAUCCACCACAACCAUAUCCCGAAAUGUUUCGCCAACAAGUAUUCGAUCGAAGAUUCCAUCCGGAGGACUCAGACGCUCAAUUCUUCCGCUCUGAUUCGGAUCCUCGUUUUCUCGGAUUGAAAGCCAACGCAUUAAACGGAUUACUAACGUCAUUGAGAGGACCACCUGGACCACCUGGUCCUCCAGCUCCGGCAGCAAUUCCAGCAGGUCCCCCAGGUCCUCCAGGUCCUCCAGGUCCUGCUGGUGCUCCUGGUCCGGAUGGCGCUCCCGGUCCGGAUGGCGCUCAAGGUCCCGAUGGUAAUCCCGGUCCUGACGGUAAUCCCGGCCUCGAUGGUACCCCCGGUACUGACGGUAUUGACGGUACACCUGGAGAACCAGGAGCACCCGGAGAACCCGGACCACCUGGAGAACCAGCACCAGUUAGAGUUUAAAAUGUCCAAACUAUUUCCAAGAACAUUGCAGUUAACUAACAACGGUAAUAAGGCGCCAUGGUUGGGUUUUGGAAUUUCUGUUAAGGGGUUAAAAGGGAUAAGUGAACCAAUAUGAAUCAAUUUCAAAUUUGGUGAAACAUGAAGUUGUAAUUUUUCAAUAUUUACCAAUAAACGAUAUCAAACAAUA